UACAAACGUUUAUUUGUAUAAAAAAAUAUAUAUUUAAAACCGCAGAAUAAAACUUGCUGACCGACCACCACAUGGGAGUAAGGAAAUACAGUUUUUCAAACAAAAACGAAUCCAACGAAAUUAGUUUGUAUUGAACCCGCAUAAAAACAACAUUAAAGAGAAGAACAAUUUAAAAAUUAUUUAAAAUAUUUGAGAAAGUGUUACAACAACAAAAAUGGCACGAUUUACACGUCUUCAAUAUUGGCAGAUAGCUAUAUUUGCUGUGUAUUGGUUUAUCUUCUUUCCCAUUAUAUGGUUUUUGAUCAGACCCGAUACCUUUGCCUCCACUAUUUUGGGUACCGUGUUAUUGCCCUCAUUUUAUUGGCGCUCUAUUUAAUUAUAUCUUUCCCUCAUCAAAUGCUGCUGUAAACUUAAGGAUUCUAAUACAAAUCACACGAGAAUGUGGACAAGACCUUCGAGAAGGGGAGCCGAAAAUCCCGUCUAUUCACCCACCACCACUAAUGCAGGAGAUGAAGAGACUAGAAUUAGCAUGCCCCAUACGGUGGUAUAUGAAAAUGCUCCCGCUAAUAAAAAGCCUGGUUUAGUGUGUCAGGAGGAACCUUUAGUGGUUGAGGAAAGAAAAAAUGUACGUUUUAUUACCAGUUGUUCAUUGUACUACGAUGGACAAGAUUUCCAUGAUUACGAAUAGAAUUUAGUUUUAAGAAAUUUUGUGUGUUUUUUUUUAAUUUUAGUUUUAUUUUUGUGAAAUGGAAAAAAAUUUUAAUAAAAAAGUGAAAACUUGAAAUUAUGGAAGAAA